UUCCCAUCACGGUGCCAUUGCAGGGGCCAGUGUCAUUCACGGACGUGGCCGUGGACUUCACCCAGGAGGAGUGGCAGCAGUUGGACCCUGAGCAGAAGACAACCUACAGGGAUGUGAUGCUGGAGAACUACAGCCACCUCGUUUCUGUGGGGUGUCACAUUAUCAAACCGGAAGUUAUCACCAAGUUGGAGAAAGGAGAAGAGCCAUGGAUAGUGCGAGGAGAAUUCCUACUUCAGAGCUGCCCAGAAGAAGACUGGGAAGUCCAUGAUCUGAUAGAGGGAGCCCAGGAAAAUGAAGACAAACAUUCAAGGCAAACUGAAUCUGUCAACAACAAAACCCUGAUUGAAGAGAGAGAAUAUAUUAGUAGUGAUGGAAGCUAUGCAAGAAUGAAGCCAGAUGAAUGUAGUGCAUGUGGGAAAUCACUUCUCCAUGUUAAGCUUGAAAAAACUCAUCCAGGAGAUAAACCUUAUGAAUUUAAUCAAAAUAGGGAGGCUUAUACUCUAAAUGAAGGAAGUAUUUAUCAGAACAUUCAUAUUUUAGAGAAACCCUUUGAAUAUAUGGAAUAUCAGAAAGCCUUUCAAAAGGGUACAGUGUUUGUUAAUCAUAUGGAGAGGCCCUACAAGUGGAACGAAUCUGAAAUAGCCUUUCUCCAAAUGUCAAACCUCAGUGUGCACCAGAGAGCUCAUAUGGAAGUGAAGCCCUAUGAAUGCAAUGCAUGUGGGAAAUCCUUCUGUAAAAAGUCAAAAUUUAUUAUACACCAGAGGACUCAUACAGGAGAGAAACCUUAUGAAUGUAACCAAUGUGGGAAAUCCUUCUGCCAGAAGGGAACACUCACUGUACAUCAGCGAACACACACAGGGGAGAAGCCCUAUGAAUGUACUGAAUGUGGGAAAACUUUCUACCAGAAGUUACACCUCAUUCAACAUCAGAGAACUCACUCAGGAGAGAAGCCCUAUGAAUGUAGUUAUUGUGGAAAAUCAUUUUGCCAGAAGACACAUCUCACACAACACCAGAGAACACAUUCAGGAGAGAGACCCUAUGUUUGUCACGACUGUGGAAAAACCUUCUCCCAGAAGUCAGCACUUAAUGACCAUCAGAAAAUUCACACAGGUGUGAAACUCUAUAAGUGCAACGAGUGUGGGAAAUGUUUCUGCCGCAAGUCUACUCUGACUACACACCAGAGGACACACACAGGAGAGAAACCCUACGAAUGCAAUGAAUGUGGGAAAUUCUUCUCUCGGUUGUCGUAUCUCACUGUACAUUACAGAACUCAUUCAGGAGAGAAGCCCUAUGAAUGUAAUGAAUGCGGGAAAACCUUCUACCUGAACUCAGCCCUCAUGAGACAUCAGAGAGUCCACACAGGAGAGAAGCCCUAUGAAUGUAAUGAAUGUGGAAAGUUAUUCUCCCAGUUGUCAUACCUCACUAUACAUCAUAGAACUCACUCAGGAGUGAAACCCUAUGAAUGUAACGAAUGUGGGAAGACCUUCUACCAGAAUUCAGCCCUUUGUAGACAUCGGAGAAUACAUAAAGGAGAGAAGCCCUAUGAAUGUUACAUAUGUGGCAAGUUCUUCUCUCAGAUGUCAUACCUCACUAUACAUCAUAGAAUUCAUUCUGGAGAGAAGCCCUAUGAAUGUACUGAAUGUGGGAAAACCUUCUGCCAGAAUUCAGCCCUUAAUAGACAUCAGAGAACACACACAGGAGAGAAAGCCUAUGAGUGUUUUGAAUGUGGGAAGUUUUUCUCUCAGAUGUCAUAUCUCACUAUCCAUCAUCGAAUUCAUUCAGGAGAGAAGCCUUUUGAAUGUAACGAAUGUGGGAAAGCCUUCUCUCGGAUGUCAUACCUUACAGUACAUCAUAGAACUCAUUCAGGAGAGAAGCCCUAUGAAUGUAACGAAUGUGGGAAAAAAUUCUACCACAAAUCAGCCUUCAAUAGCCAUCAGAGAAUUCACAGGAGAGGGAAUAUGAACGUACUUGACGUGGGAAGGCUUCUCUGAAGUCACACCUCAUUUAAUGUCACAACCCUCAAUAUUCCUACCAUCCUAAGACAGAGAGUUCACACAGGUGAGUGUGGACAAGCCUUCGAGCAUUAGUCGGACUUGGAAUUUGGAAGUUCACAACUGUAACUAGGCCCCAUGAUGGGUUGACAGGAGUAAAAAUUUAUUGAUACUUAAAUUGUACACAGUUUCACCAUGGAUUCAAACUGUUUCACAUAUCAGGGAAUUCAGACCAAGGGAAAAAUCUCUCAACUUAAGGAAUGUGGAGAACAUAAUCUGUUGGAAAUUAUGAAUACUGAAAGUUAUGUUUCUGAUAAAACACAC